GGCACUGAUAGGUGGCACUGAUUGGCAGAACUGAUAGGUGCCACUGACUGGCAUUGAUAGGUGGCACUGGCUGGCACUGAUGGGUGACACUGAAAGGUAGCUCAGAUGGGCACUGAUAUGUGGCAUUGAUGUGGCACUGAUGGGCACUGGCAGGUGGCAUGGAUGAGCACUGGCAGCUGGCACUGAUGGACACUGACAGGUGGCACUGCUUGGGCUACACAGAUCAUCAGGGCACACUGAUCAUCAGUGCCUUGAUGAUCACUCGUGCGGAGAGAAACGCCCAUAACCGGCGUUUCCCUGUUUACAUGUGAUCAGUUGUAAUUGGACACAGCUGAUCACAUGAGCAAGUUGA